GCGCGCAGGGCGGGGGCAGGGCCCGGGCGGCCGACAUGGAGAACUCUCAGCUCUGUAAGCUGUUCAUCGGCGGCCUGAACGUGCAGACGAGUGAGUCGGGGCUGCGCGGCCACUUCGAGGCCUUCGGGACGCUGACGGACUGCGUGGUGGUGGUGAACCCCCAGACGAAGCGCUCCCGCUGCUUCGGCUUCGUGACCUACUCGAAUGUGGAGGAGGCGGACGCCGCCAUGGCCGCGUCGCCGCACGCGGUGGACGGCAACACGGUGGAGCUGAAGCGCGCCGUGUCGCGCGAGGAUUCGGCCCGGCCCGGGGCGCACGCCAAGGUGAAGAAGCUGUUCGUGGGCGGCCUCAAGGGCGACGUGGCGGAGGGCGACCUGAUCGAGCACUUCUCGCAGUUCGGGGCGGUGGAGAAGGCGGAGAUCAUCGCCGACAAGCAGUCGGGCAAGAAGCGCGGCUUCGGCUUCGUCUACUUCCAGAGCCACGACGCGGCCGACAAGGCGGCGGUGGUCAAGUUCCACCCGAUCCAGGGCCACCGCGUGGAGGUGAAGAAGGCGGUGCCCAAGGAGGAUAUC